ACAGCUUCUAACCUCACUUUGCGGCUUGAACAUAUUGUAACAAUAACAACAACAGAAAGUGUUCAACGCAUAACAACGUUUUUCUCGUUGUCGGUGAUGGAUCUGAAAACAUUCAAGCUUCUUCAUCCUGUAAAGUACUACAAGGAUUAUUUGGAAAAAGAUAUUCGUCCGGAUGGCCGCUUGCUUGAAGAGCUCCGACCAUUAGCGAUCAGCUACGAUGUGAUCAACAGUGCCGAUGGUUCUGCGAUAGUCAAGAUCGGCAAUACGACCGUGGUUUGUGGCAUUAAAGCAGAGCUGGCAGUCCCUAAAGCGCUCGAACCGAACGUGGGCUACCUGGUGCCAAACGUGGAAAUAUCGCCAGUAUCAUCGCCUGCCUACCGACCCGGGCCGCCAUGUGAUGAGGCUCAAGUUCACAGUCAAUCACUAGCGGACAUCGUGAUCAAUUCACGGUGUAUCGACCUGCAGGACCUGUGCAUUACCGCCGGAAAGCUGGUGUGGGUUUUAUACUGCGAUUUAGUUUGCUUAGAUCACGAUGGUUGUAUUUUUGAUGCGGCUGUCAUAGCUCUUGUUGCAGCAUUGCAGACGGUAAAACUUCCCAAAGUCAAGCACAACAGCGAUACGGAUGAAACGGUGACCGAUAUGUCUUCUCUCACACCACUUACCGUGCAUUCGGUUCCCGUGCCGACUUCAUUCGUUGUAAUAGCCGGGCGAACUAUUAGCGAUCCUACGGCGGAAGAGGAAAAGCUUGCCACUACGACACUAACUGUAACGAUGACCGACGAAAAAAUCAGCUUCUUCAACCAGUCCGGAGGACAAUCAAUGGAUGGUGAAAUGCUCCAAACCUGCACCGCUAGUGCGAUGAAACGGGAAAAGUCGGUGAAAAAUAUGAUGAGUAGCAUUUUGCAAAAGAGAAAACAAAAUAAAAUGAAAUAAUAUGAUGAGCAAUAAUGUAAUCAAAUACUACUCCAUGCUUCAAUUGUAGCUCAAUUUAAUUAGGAUUCAGUUCAUUAUUCACUUUUAGUUGUAACAGAAAUACACCUUCGUAAUAAUCGACAGACAAGUAGCGUGAGUUACCUAUACGUAGUAGGAAAUUUCUUACGUCUGCUUUGCCAACCUUUAACCAACCCAUUCGUUAUUACACACAGCGAUUUAGUUCCGUUUUUUUUGCUCCGCUACAAUUACAUCCUUUUAAGCCCGCUUCAUCAUCAAAUUUCAAAGCUACCCUAACGCAAUUAUGUAUGUUUACUUUUCGUCAUUCUCCCCAACGCUUUGGUGUGAACUUAUAUAUCUGGAAGGAAGAUAAUCCAUCUACCUUCUCUCUCUUUAUGCUGCUAUCAGCAGCUAGUAGUAGUCAUUGCCAGUUUGAACACUUCAUGUACAAGAUCCUGUACAUCCUACAUUACAUAUACGACGAGCGUUGUUAUUAGGUUCAUUUCUUUAUGACAUGUGGAUCAUCUUAGUUUUUAAUGUGCAUCGCUACACUGUUUAUGCGCUGUUUAUGCUACCAGUCAACUGAAGAUUAAAAUAAAACAA